AUGGGCGAGAAAGAGGCUUCAUCGACCCAUCAUGUCACAAAUCUGGAGUACGAUCUCAACAAAGGACCUGUGGUGAAGGAGGCAAAUGUAGCUUCCGUCGCUCUGACUGCAGCGGUGAAUGCGCAGAAACCUUCACUAUGGAGCAGGAACAUGAUCAAGCUGUACGCCAUCAUGGGCAUCGGCUAUCUCGUCUCGACGAUGAACGGCUUUGACAGUUCUCUGAUGGGAUCGAUCAAUGCCAUGACCAGCUAUCAGAAAUCCUUUGGUUUGAACGGAGCUGGCAGCACCACUGGCAUCAUCUUUAUCAUUUACAAUCUCGGCCAGAUUGCUGCCUUUCCGUUUUGCGGUUUCUUGGCAGACGGCUACGGACGUCGAUGGUGCAUCUUCAUUGGUUGCCUGUUGGUGUUGAUCGGCACAGCCGUUCAGGGAAGCGCCCAUAGUAUGGGACAAUUCAUCGGCGGACGCUUCAUACUAGGUUUUGGAGCCAGUAUCGCCAGUGCCGCAGGACCUGCCUACACGGUAGAAUUGGCACAUCCAGCGUACCGCGGCACCAUGGCCGGCAUGUACAACAAUUUCUGGUGGCUGGGCAACAUAUUAGCGGGCUGGACAACAUACGGCACCGACUUGCACAUGGCUGAAAGCAGUUGGGCCUGGAGAAUCCCGACUAUAGUCCAAUGCGGCCUUCCAAGCCUCGUUCUAUGCUUGAUUUUGUUCUUUCCCGAAACACCGAGGUGGCUGGUCAUGAAAGACCGUCGCGAGGAAGCCAUCGCAGUCUUGGCAAAGUAUCAUGGCGACGGCGAUGCACAUGCGCCCAUCGUGACUCUCCAGAUCAAUGAGAUCUGUGAAGAUAUGUCGCAAACAAGCAAUGACAACCCGUGGUGGGACUUCCGAGAGCUCGCAAAUACUCGAGCUGCUCGAUACCGUCUGUCCAUGGUGAUUGCCAUGGCUUUCUUCGGACAGUGGAGCGGGAAUAAUGUCGUCAGUUACUUCAUGCCAGAGAUGAUCAAGCAAGCGGGCAUCACAGAUACCAGCAAGCAGCUCUUGAUCAACGCCAUCAACCCGAUUUUCAGCAUGCUGGCAGCAAUCUACGGCGCCACUUUGCUAGACAAGCUCGGAAGACGAAAAAUGCUCCUGGGCGGUCUGGCUGGCGGUCUCGUGGCAUACUGCUUGCUUACAGCCUUCACGGCGGCAUCGGAGAAGCAUUCGAAUCUCUCAUACGGGACGAUCGUGUCCAUCUACUUGUUCGGAAUCUGCUUCGCUUGGGGCUGGACGCCUUUGCAGACGCUUUAUGCUGUGGAAUGUCUUGAGAACAGGACACGCGCCAAGGGUUCUGGUCUCAACUUCCUCUUCCUCAAUGUGGCCAUGGUCGUCAACACCUAUGGAAUCAGCGUCGGCAUUGCCGAAAUCGGAUGGAAGUUGUACCUAGUCUACAUCGGCUGGAUUUGUGUCGAGCUCGCGGUCAUCUACUUCUUCUUCGUCGAGACAGCGGGCAAGACUUUGGAAGAGCUGAGAUCAAUCUUCGAAGCACCUAACCCUCGGAAGUUUUCUACGAGGAAGAUCAAGGUCGAAAUGGAUGAUGCUGGACAUGUAGUGCACGUGGCAUAG